ACAAGAUAUCCAUAUAAGAACAUAUGGGUAGUUAGACAUCACGUGACAAAUUAAAGCUCAUUUUACUAAUUUAAAAGUAUUUCUACCAAAAAAGAUAAACUGUCUUUCAUAUUCCACUGCUUAGACAAGGUUUAUCUGGUUGAAAACAUCAUCCCAGCGACGUUUCUUUUCCCCAGAGAAUAAGCAGGAACUUCUCUUGAUUUAACCCCCAUUUUACCCCCCAAAAACAGCGGAAAAUCGUCAUCACAAUUCAAUAUCACCAGUUGAUAAACAACUCAAAACUGGUAAUCAAAGUUUCCCCGCCCCAAAGUGGUGCUCCUCGCCAUUUCCGUCUGGUCUAUCUGAUCAACACAAUCAGAAAAAAUGGUCAGUACGUCAGCAACAAAAUUUUAGCCUGCGCGCAGACUCUUCAAGUAUCUCACCAGAACUGGGCGCGGGCUCUUCAAGUAUCUCACCAGAACUGGGCGCAGGCUCUUCAAGUAUCUCACCAGAACUGGGCGCAGGCUACAAAACAACUGAUCAGUGAAUUUGAGAAAGAAGAGGGCAUCGUCAGCAAAAAUGACUCCUUUGUUCAGCCUCGUUUUAGUUGCUGUUCUUUGAGAAACUUGACGCAAUAUGGACGCCAAAGCAGCAAAAAUGCGAGAGCGCUUUGAAAAAAAACAAGAGGCGAGGUUAGCACAGCUACAAAGAAAAAAGGGCAGUUCUGCAGCCAAUAAAGUCAAUGGUGAUGACGUAGUGGAAUUUAACAAAAAAUUCACAGAAGAGCUGAACAGUAUAACGAAAGAGAUUGACGAGUUGAAGGUUGGGCAAUGCAGGGAAGAAAUUACUUCAAAGUUUGAUGAGAUCUUGCUCAACUUAAGAACACUUGAAAAAUAUGCUACAGAUUCAGUUAUUUUGCUGCCAUCUUAUGAUGUGAGGCAAUCUCAGAAAGCCUUGCAAAAUGUGCAAGAUCUAAUUGGGAAAAAGCGUAGUGAGCUCAUUCCAAAAAAGAAAUUUGCAUUUAAGGCAAGAACAAAUGUUUCAAUUCAAGCAUCUGGAAAAGUUGCAGUAGAAAAAGGCCAGCAUGUAGAGGAAAAGCAGGAUAAAAAUAAACCAAAUGUAGAAAAUGAUGAUAAAACUUCCAUUGGACAACCAGUUACGUUCAGUGAUUUUGGGUUUAGUGAUGAAAAAUAUUCUGAAUUGGUGUUAACAGCAGAUAAAAGUAGUCAAAAGGACAUUAAGCUAUCAAAUUUAGAACAUUGCAUUGUCAAAAUUUAUGGAUGCCCCUCAGUUGUUCAUGUAAAUAAUUUAAGGAACUGCAAAGUUUUCUGUGGACCAAUAUGCCGUGCCUUGUUUGUCGCUGACUGCAUAGAAUGCCAGUUCUCAUUAGCAUGUCAGCAGUUGCGUAUUCACACAACAAGUAAGACAACAUUCAGCAUUCAUGUUACUGGAAAAGCAAUCAUUGAAGACUGCAAAGAAAUUGGGUUUGCACCAUACAAUUGGUCUUAUGAAGGUUUGGUGGAACACUUUCUAGAGACUGGGCUUAACACCCAUAUAAAUAAGUGGAAUGAUGUGGAUGAUUUUAACUGGUUAAAGCUAGAUGAGCAGUCACCAAACUGGUAUAUUAUUCCAGAAGAGGAAAGAACCCAUGUGAAGGAGACAUAG